CAAGCCCGACUUCGCACGCAAGUCUCGGUGCGCACGCUCAUGCAAACUCGAGCGCGUCCUGGAAGCCCCGCGCGCGCACGAUGACGCUGCCGACGCUGCACGAGGACAGGGAGUAUGUGUCUUUCUUUGAUCUUGAAUGGGAGGAGCGUGAGUUUAGUGGGAGCGGGAGCGGGAGCGAGGCUGGGAGCGAGGGGGACUUCUCGUUGGAGGCAUAUGAGUACAGCGACGAGGACGAGGGGGGGUGACUCUGCGUCGUCUCCUCGUUCCUCACUCGCUUCCAGCUCCCUGCUCUCCGCUGUGCACUCCCUCAUGGGUUCCGUCUUGGACUCUGCACAUCUCUGCACGCCGUGCUUCAUCUGGUACUGGAUCUGUCUGGUUGGGAUAUUUGGUUACGCUCCCUCCUGCGUCGGCCGUUUGGCUUCUGCCGUCUGUAUGCAUCCUCCGUAUGCUGCGUCACUACUCCAUGCCUGCAAUCCGCCAGCCGUCAUUCGACAUCGACCGAAUCGGCCCUGCCUUCGUGAGCGGCGCAUAUCGUCAGACCUGCAUGCGGACGCUCUCCCUUGGCAUGGGAGCGUAUAUCCCUCUCCCGCCGGGUUCAGGCUAGACGUCGAGAGGCAUGUGGAGUUCGACACUACCGCCGGACGCCACAGACGCAAACGGGCGCUCGCACAUCCCUCUCGCCGCGAAUGUCCUUCGGAUUGCAGACUCGCAUCGCUGACAGACCAAGCCCAGUCGGAUUGCACCCGCUCCCGUUCUCGCUGAUAGCAGUGACCAGCCGGCAGCGCGACUGGGCGGCGCAGGGGCUGACGCCUCCGUCUCUGGUCUAGGGCAAACCUUUGCGCGAUGAUACAGUGCGACGGUGCGCGCAGAGGGCCCGGUGGCUCAUUCCGAGCACAGGCUCUGCGAUGCCAUCG